AUGGGGGCAUCAAUGGCGGUUAAACAAGUUAAAGGCUUAAGUAAUGUUUGGCUAAUCUUUUUAACAUUUGGAGCUGCUUUUCUCAUCUUAUACUCAUCUUCACCCAACAAAUUUUCUGGGAAAUUUACUCAACCCACUUUCCGACGUUUCCAUAAGUCUUAUUUGGGGUAUUACAAUAUCACUGUGAAAGACAAGUAUUACGAGUUAAGGAAUGUUCUAGAAGCAGCUUCAACAAAAGAGAAAACAGUGAUAUUAACAACAUUAAACGAGGCAUGGGCAGCACCAAACUCAAUAUUUGAUCUAUUCUUAGAAAGUUUCAAAAUAGGAAAGAAUACAUCAUGGCUUCUCAAUCAUUUGUUAGUUAUUACAGUUGAUAAUCAAGCUCAUAUUCGAUGCCAAAAAAAGGUGUCACAUUGUUACUUUCUAAACACUAAUCAAUCAUCAACAAUGGCUAAUGAAGCAAGGUUUAUGACUCCUAUCUAUUUGGAAAUGAUGUGGGGAAGACUUGCCUUCUUGCAUACUAUUUUAAGACUUGGAUUUAACUUUAUUUUCACGGAUACAGACGUUAUGUGGUUUCGAAAUCCAUUUCCACAUUUUACACUCUAUUCAGACUUCCAAACGUCAUGUGAUCGGUUUAUAGGCCAAGAAUCAGACAUAAAAAAUGCACCAAACAAUGGGUUUCUUUUUGUAAGAUCCAACAAACGCACCAUCAAAUUCUACAAAUUUUGGGUACACUCAAGACAUACCUAUCCUGAGUUACAUGAACAAGAUGUUUUUAAUCAAAUAAAAAAUGGUACUUACGUUAGAAGACUUGGGUUGAAAUUUAGGUUCAUGAGCACAGAUUAUUUUGGAGGGUUUUGUACACCAAGUAAAGAUUUCAAUAAGGUUUGUACAAUGCAUGCUAAUUGUUGCAUUGGUUUGGAUGCUAAAAUAGAUGAUCUUAAUGCCACUCUUGGGGAUUGGAAGGUAUACUUGUCUUCAAAUCAUAAAGUUCCACAAGACUUUUAUUGGAGUGUUCCAAAGCGAUGUAGUGUUUGA